ACAACCAUAAACUCUGGAAUGAGGGUGUGAGCUGCUUCUCCUUGCUCCCCCCAUCAUUCCAGAUGCAUGAUGACACCACAUCCCACCAUCUCGCUGGCUUUUUUUUUUUCUUUCCCCAAAUUGUAUUUUGAAGACAACCAAAAGCAGAACGUGUUCUGGGUGUGGCUGCAUGUGAUUUACCCAAUAGCCAGAGUGGGGGGGACUCGAAGGGGAAAGACAGAGCGGCUGCUGCAGGGAGUGGACACCGAGGGCUGCAUGAUGAAGACCUCUGGAGCCUGUAUACUGUUGUGUUUCUUAGCACUCUCCUUGUUCUCAGCUGACUGGUUUCCAUGGGUGGUCAAUGGGCAAGAACUGGAAAGUGCAACUGGUGAAGUUAGCACCGACUCUCUUAUCACCACCCCUGCUGCAGCUGUCACACCGCCCGUGCUUCUUAGUCCUGUUCAGUCUGACAGUGAAACUACAACAGCUUCAUCAGACUGUCGUGAAGAAAAGUUCCCUUGCACACGCCUGUACUCUGUCCACAAGCCAGUAAAGCAGUGUAUCAGCUACCUCUGUGUUACAAGUGUGCGUCGCAUGUACAUAAUAAACAAGGAGGUGUGCUCUCGCAUUGUCUGCAAGGAGAACGAGGUCAUGCAAGAUGAGAUCUGUCGCCAGCUGGCUGGCCUUCCUUCUCGACGUCUCCGCCGAUCUGGGCAACCCCUGCACCUCCCUUGCAGACAGCUCCUGGAGCAGCAGCGCAGAAGGCCUGAUGCUCUGUGAGCUACCAACAGUAGAAGAGAACAGAAAUCAUCAUCUACUACCUACAACCCAAGACAAGUCCUUGUUUGUGAUUUCUCCACUGUUUCCUUGCUUCUCUGCCUUCCCCCACAUCCUCUUCUUCAGGUGCUGUAGUAUACAGAGUCCCCUCUCUGUUAGUCCGUCUCAGUGGCUGUUGCCAUCUUCUGAAUCUGUUGCCGAGGAGGUGGGAUGCUCGCCUCUUUUCUCUCAAACUAGUUGGCUUGCCGUGAACUGCUCAUUUCCCAGAGGUCCUUAUAAAUGUGCUGCAUCUUCUCUUGCUCUGCCUCAGGAGAGAGACAGCCAUGGGGACAAGGUGUUGUCCUUUCCAAUGGUACAGAUGCCCAAAGCUGCAUUUCCUGUGGAGGAGUACAGACCUCUAUGCCUUACAACUCCUGGUGUAGGUUUCUUGCAUGACAUCAAUAUGAGUUUGGUUAUGGCUAGUCAGCCUCAACCUCUUUGCCAUAUGAUGGCACAGCCUCCUGCUUUGUCUGCUGGCCUGAGAGAAGUGCAGAACUGGGAUAUGAACGGCCUUCAACCCAAGGUAAACAUUGUUGUCCCUGUAUGGCAUUUAUAACUACCUCUGGGAAGUUCUUUGUCUCAAGCCCAUUGCCUCCCUCACACACAACUGCUACCAAAAGGAAAAAUCCUGGAUUUCAUAUGGCAAUGUGUUUUUCUCAAGAAUAUUAUGUUGGAACAGAGUGCUGUCUCUUAUUCCCCCUUCUCUCCCCUGUUCUGUUCCUCCCUUCCCAGUGAAGAAAUCUCUUGAUGCCCAUUCCAGGCAAGUUCCAGGGAGCAGUAAGUAUAGCUGCUGCUGCUCCUAAGCCCAAGAAAGACCCUUUCUUUGCAGUACUGAGAACUUGCAGUGAAUUAACUUAUCCUGGUGACUUGUCUUGGUCUGGCUACCUCCACACUCUCCAGUUGCUGAGCCUGCUUUUAGUAUCUCCACUUGAGUUCCUACCUCUUGACCUGGGAGCUCCUGCACAAAGCAGAAGGGAGUCACACAUUGGAAUGGGAUUUGGGAGAAGAAUCGUUAUCUAGGAUCCUAAGUUUUCCUGUGGGUUCUCUGGCUGUGCUGACCUGCACAGCACCAGGUGCUGGUGGGGAGAUAAAUGUAUCUGCAGGCCAACCUGAGGAAAAGAAUUCACUCUGGUAGCACUGGAUGUCUGUUUGAGAACUUUGUUUUCCACAUACAUGGAGGACAUUUCCAGGUAUAUGGGUAGGUUUCAGUAGAAGGCUGGGUAGGGUAAGUGGGGAAGAGCUGUCUGAAGUGUAUUAUUCUACGUGACUCCUAGUGGCAUGAUUCUGUGAGGCACCAGGGCUAAGCAGUCUAGCUCACUGCAGCAGAAGAUCAACAAGACUGUAUUUCUAGAAUGUCUAACCAUUGUUACCAAAUAACAGAAAAUUAGUUAGCUAGAGUAGGCAUUCACCCCCAUCAUAUAAUAUGUAUAUUCUGCUGCUGAACUGAGUACCAUUCAGCCUUGCAGAAGUACUGGUUGCUGCAUAGAGCCAAGGGCACAUGAUAUAGGUGACAGUUUGCUGCACGGAGGCAGACUUCUCUGAAAAAAAGAGCAAAACAGUUACAAUAAGAGCCUCUCCUUCUGCUGUAUGCAACAAGAAGCUGGUUCCAUCCCCUGUGUAGGGGAACACAUCCUGAAGCAGACACAGAUUUGUUCCAUUAAAGGUCAAACUUUGCCAUAAAUGGGCUAAAUCUCUGUAUAUUAAUCCAGUAUACAUCAGAUAGAAUUCCAAGUUAGGCAGUGAUUGGAAUUUCAUCCUAUAGCUAGGGGCAUUGUAACCCUGCACAGAAGAUGAUGCACCUCUUGAGUGCUCGAGGCUCCUGAGACUGGGAAUGGAGGAGGAAUUUCUGUGUACUAAGUGUAGACAUUUCUGUAGAGAGGAGGGUACUGAGAGCUUGAUCUCAAAGACAUUUGAGUCACUGGCUUCGAUGCUGGAAUGCCUGUGGAAUUUGCAGGAAUGAGAAGAGAUGUUAGAGAAAGCACUUGGAAAUUGAACCAGGCAUAGUCUCCACUCUGUAUUUAGAGCUGAAUGUAAGCUGAUAUAGAAAUAGAUAUAUACCUGUAUAACAUAGCUACUGUAAAGUAUAUAGAAAAUUAACAUUCAUACAGUUUGGGGAACAGUUAGAAGCCUUUCUGUUGCUUGCUUUCAGCAGGGACAGGAAGAGGUGCUCCUCUACAGGAGAACACUGGUUUAAUGGUUUAGUCCAUAUAAUGCACACAAAAAUAUUAAAAGAAAAUUUAUUUCCUGUUA